AUGGCAACCGAUUCCGAGUAUGAUGUAGCAGUUAUAGGUGGCGGGCCGGGCGGAUACGUUGCGGCCAUCAGAGCCGGCCAGCUCGGCCUCAGAUCCUGUGUCAUCGAGCGGGACGCCCUCGGUGGCGUCUGUCUUAAUUGGGGCUGCAUCCCCUCCAAGGCCCUGCUCAAAAACGCCGAAAUCCUUUCCUACAUCCAUCGGGCCGACCAGUUCGGACUGCAUUUUGACAACUUCCGCGCGGAUUACAGCGUUGCAGUAGCACGCAGCCGGCAGGUCGUCGACCGGAUGACGCGCGGCAUCGGUUUCCUGCUCCGCAAAAACAACGUCGACCACAUUGCCGGGCAAGCCACCAUCGCCUCGCCAACCGCCAUUGACGUGGCCGGAGCCGAUGGCCAAACCUCCCGCGUGAGCGCGCGCAACAUCAUUGUGGCCACCGGAGCCAGGCCCCGCAGCAUACCGCCCCUACCGAUUGACGGCCAACGCAUCAUCACCAGUCGGGAAGCCAUCGUUGCUGACGACGUACCGGAUUCCAUGGCCAUCGUCGGCGGCGGCGCCAUCGGCGUGGAAUUCGCCUACGUGUACCGAAUGUACGGCGCAAAAGUAACCAUAAUCGAACUGUUGCCCCGCCUUGUGCCCAACGAAGAUGAAGAAAUCAGCCAGCAGCUGGAACGGGCCUUCGGUCGCGAGGGCAUUGAGCUGCGUACCGGCGCCGGUGUUACGGCGGCCAGCGCCGAUGCAACCGGCGUUACCCUUACCAUCGACAAGGACGGCGCCACCGAAACCCUGCGCUACGACAAGGUCCUGGUCGCCAUCGGCGUGCAACCCAACACCGAAUUCCUGGGCCUGGAAGCCGUCGGCGUGGACACCGAACGGGGUUACAUCAAUAUUGACGACCGCAUGGCUACCAAUGUGCCCGGCAUCUAUGCCGUCGGCGACGUUACCGGAAAGCUGGCCCUGGCUCACGUCGCAUCGGCUCAGGGCGUUACCGCGGUCGAGGCCAUCGCCGGCGAAGAAACUCAGCCGCUCGACUACACAAUGAUGCCACGCGCCACCUACUGCCAUCCGCAGGUGGCAUCUAUGGGCUUGACCGAAGCCCAGGCCCGCGAGCAGGGUUACGAUGUCAAAAUUGGCCGGUUCAACGUCCAGGCCAGCGGCAAAGCCGUGGCAAUGGGCGAAAACGACGGCCUGGUCAAACUGGUCAUCGACGCCAAAUACGGCGAAUUGCUGGGCGGACACCUGUGCGGCCCUGAAGUUACCGAGCUCCUCGGCGAACUGUCAAUGACCAAACUGCUGGAAGGAACCACGUUGGAACUGGGUUGGGCAGUGCACGCUCACACUAAAGCGCAUCUGCGCGAAUGGUGCACGGCAGCGCGCGCUGGUACGCAGCGAAGGCUUCGCGUCGCAUGCAUCAUAGUACAUCACAACUACUAUUGGUGCGCGAAGAACGACUGCCCAGAGGAAGGGAUAUGCUGA